UGGCUCGGCAAGCACUACAAGAAGUAUGUCCAAGCAGAUGCUCCUACCAAUAAAACAUUGGCUGGGCUGGUGGUGCAGCUGCUACAGUUCCAGGAAGAUGCCUUUGGAAAACAUGUCACCAAUCCUGCCUUCACCAAACUUCCUGCAAAGUGCUUCCUGGAUUUCAAAGCUGGAGGCACGUUAUGUCACGUUCUUGGUGCUGCUUACAAGUAUAAGAAUGAACAAGGAUGGCGGAGGUUUGAUCUGCAGAACCCAUCCCGAAUGGAUCGUAAUGUGGAGAUGUUCAUUAACAUUGAGAAGAUGCUAGUGCAGAAUAAUUGUUUGAGCAGACCAAUCAUCUACCUCAUUCCAGAUAUAGAGCUGAAGUUGGCUAACAAGCUAAAGGAUAUUGUCAAACGUCACCAGGGAACAGUAACUGAGGAGAAGUCAAAGGCAACCCACCAUGUUUAUCCUAGUCCUACCUCACUGGAUGAUGAUGAAUGGUUGAGACCUGUGAUGAAAAAGGAUAAGCAAGUGCUGGUACACUGGGGCUUUUACCCAGACAGCUAUGACACUUGGGUGCAUGCUAGUGAUAUAGAUGCUGAAAUUGAAGAUCCUCCAAUUCCAGAAAAACCAUGGAAGGUUCAUACCAAAUGGAUUUUAGACACGGACGUAUUUAACGAGUGGAUGAAUGAAGAGGAUUAUGAAGUGGAUGAGAAUAGGAAGCCAGUGAGCUUUCGGCAGCGAAUCUCUAUGAAGAAUGAAGAGCCUGUGCGUAGUCCUGAGAGGAGAGACAGAAAAGCAGCAGCAAGCACCAGGAAACGAAAGCAUUCACCUUCCCCUCCUCCCACUCCAGUGGAAUCAAGGAAAAAGACUGGAAAAAAAGGACAAGCAGGUCUGUAUGGGAAAAGGAGAGGUCAAAAAGAAGAGGAUGAGCAAGAAGAUCUUACCAAGGACAUGGAAGACCCAACACCUGUACCCAACAUAGAAGAAGUGGUACUUCCCAAAAAUGUGAACCCAAAGAAAGACAGUGAAAACACCCCGGUGAAAGGAGGAACAGUAGCAGACCUAGAUGAACAAGAUGAAGAGACAGUGGCUGCAGGAGGAAAGGAAGAUGAAGAUCCUAAUAAAGGUGAUCAGAGCCGAUCGAUUGAUGCAGGUGAAGACAACGUAACCGAGCAGACAAAUCACAUCAUUAUUCCAAGCUAUGCAUCCUGGUUUGACUACAAUUGCAUUCAUGUAAUCGAGCGCCGUGCUCUUCCAGAGUUCUUCAAUGGGAAAAACAAAUCCAAGACUCCAGAAAUAUACCUGGCUUACCGGAACUUCAUGAUUGAUACGUAUCGCUUGAACCCUCAGGAGUACUUGACCAGCACCGCUUGCCGACGGAACCUGACCGGAGACGUGUGUGCUGUAAUGAGGGUCCAUGCCUUUCUGGAGCAGUGGGGUCUCAUUAACUACCAAGUGGAUCCGGAAAGCCGUCCCAUGGCCAUGGGCCCCCCUCCUACUCCUCAUUUCAACGUGCUUGCGGAUACUCCCUCUGGACUUAUGCCUCUCCAUAUCCGAACUCCUCAGGUCCCUGCUGCUCAGCAGAUGUUGAGUUUUCCUGAAAAAAACAAAGAAAAGCCCACUGACCUGCAGAAUUUUGGACUCCGCACAGACAUUUAUUCAAAGAAGACCUUAGCAAAGAGCAAAGGAGCCAGUGCCGGAAGAGAAUGGACAGAACAAGAAACACUACUGCUACUAGAGGCUCUGGAGAUGUACAAGGAUGACUGGAAUAAGGUCUCUGAGCAUGUUGGCAGCCGUACCCAGGAUGAGUGUAUUCUCCAUUUUCUGAGGCUUCCCAUCGAGGACCCGUACUUGGAAAACUCUGAUGCGUCUCUAGGCCCACUGGCUUACCAACCUGUGCCUUUCAGCCAGUCCGGAAACCCAGUGAUGAGCACUGUUGCUUUUCUGGCAUCUGUAGUGGAUCCCCGGGUGGCGUCCGCUGCAGCUAAAGCUGCUUUAGAGGAAUUUUCUCGGGUGCGAGAGGAGGUACCACUGGAGCUUGUUGAAGCCCAUGUCAAGAAAGUACAGGAAGCAGCAAGAGCCUCUGGCAAAGUGGAUCCAACUUAUGGACUAGAGAGCAGCUGCAUUGCUGGAACAGGUCCAGACGAGCCAGAGAAAUUGGAUGGAGCUGAAGAAGAAAAAAUGGAAACUGAGACAGAUGGGCAACAGUCAGAAAAGGUGGAAAGUAAAGGAGAAGGUGAAAUGGAGGAAGGUGAAAAAGUUCAGGAAGGAGAAAAUGAGAGAAAUCCAGAAAAGGAGCAAGACAGUGAAGUGACUGCUGAUGUCAAGUCAGAAGAGAAGGAAGCAGAGGAGAACAAGGAAAACGUUGAUGCAAGCAAAGACAAGGAGAGUGAUACUGGGAAGAAGAAAGUGGAACACGAGAUCUCUGAAGGAAAUGUAGCAACGGCUGCAGCUGCAGCUCUUGCCUCAGCUGCCACCAAAGCAAAGCACCUGGCAGCAGUGGAAGAGAGAAAGAUCAAAUCUUUGGUAGCCCUCCUGGUGGAAACACAAAUGAAGAAACUGGAGAUCAAGCUUCGUCAUUUUGAGGAGCUGGAAACGAUCAUGGACAGAGAGAAAGAAGCUCUAGAACAGCAGAGGCAGCAACUGCUGACGGAGCGCCAGAACUUCCAUAUGGAGCAGCUGAAAUACGCUGAAUUACGGGCUCGCCAGCAAAUGGAGCAGCAGCACAGUCAGAACGCCCAGCAGUCGCACCAGCACUCCAGCGGGCCGGGCAUGAACCCACUUGGGGCACCCGCGCAUCCGGGCUUGCUGCCCCAUCAGCAGCCCCCUCCGUACCCCAUGAUGCAUCACCAGAUGCCCCCUCCUCACCCACCGCAGCCAGGUCAGAUGCCAGGACCCGGUGCGAUGAUACCUGGGCAGCCCGUGCCGGGCCGGAUGAUGCCAAGCGUGUCUGCCAACAUCCACCCGCCAGGCAGUGGCCCUGCACCCCCGGGCAUGCCGCCCAUGUCGGGAAACAUCAUCGGACCUCGCGUUCCCCUCGCAGCUCCGAACGGCAUGUAUCCACCUCCAUCGCAGCAGCCACCACCGCCAGCUGAAGGGGUGACCGCCCCUGCCGCGGGAGCACCGCCGGCCUCCGCAGCCCCCUAACUGAGCCCGCAGCACGGAGCGCCCAGAGCCGAGACAGUGGUGACCAAAAAUGGAUUCCUCAGUUUCUUUCUGUUCCUUUUAGGGUUUUUUGCCUCCAGUCAGCCUGCCUGCACACGCGCACCCUAGUAGUCUGGCAUUCUUUAGUUGUACUCCCUUGAGGAGGGUUCAUUUUGAAGCUGUAGAGCAGUAGACAGUAGUGCCUCCGUGUUGCUGGCAGGAAGCCUGUGUGCAUUGGUCUGUUCUCCUUCUGGAGCAACUGCUCCGCUCUGGUUCUCUUUCAUCUUGCUGCCUCCACCCCGUCUACAUUUGGGAUCCUGUGAUGGAGCAGGCGGGGUGUCCCCAUGCUGCUGGGUGUUGCAGGUGGCGGCGUUCGACAUUCUGGGUUCUCCAGGUGGAAAGAGCGAGGCGUCAAGAUGAACAGCAGCAACCAGAGUGUGGGCAGGUGUGGGAGAGGGAGGGAGCUCCUCUUUCCACUGCUCAGCAGCGGGAACUGCAGGACUGCUGACCACGUUCAUUACAGGUAGAUAAUCGUUAAGCGCAGUAGCUGAGCCCCAGGGCUCCUCGCUAACUUAUUAAAGGAAAUAUUGAUCCAGUGCGAAUGGAGCUGGGAGUGAAUCAAUUAGAAGAAAACCACUCGCUGACCUGAGCUUUCCUGCUCCAGCUUAUCUUUUAUUUUGUGUUUGAAUUGGAAGGAGGGAAGGGUGGUAGCAGCAUCGUCCCUUCGAGUAGUUCAGUACCAGUAGCCAGCCGAGGAAUUAAAGACAGGUUUUUAGUCCCUCUUUUGGAACAUAUACGUUUUUUGUUUUGUUUUUCCUUUAAAAAAUGAACAAAAAAAAAAAGUAGGUAGCAAUGAAGCGCUAGCAUAUGGGUUGGGGCUGGGAUGGCUGGGGCGUGAACGCCACAACUACCUCUUGCAGACAGCCGGGUGGGCAGAAUUCAGUAAACACGGUACUCCCCCUUUUUUUUUUUUUUCUUCUAAAGUUUCUUUCCGGAGUGGGCGCGGAGGCAGGAGACCCCUCUCUCCUCUGCUCACCCCUUGCCCUCCACUUGCCGAGCUUUAUCAUUCCACUGUCUGCAGGGCUGUGGUGGGAGAAAGGGGUCGGCAGCCGGAUCCUUGCCCACGAGCAAGGACUGGGGAGGGGGAGAAACAAAAUGCCCCAACACAGAUGUGCUGACGCGGCCAGACUCAGAUCCUAGUGUGUGCCAUUACUGACUGCAGAAGGACAUAAAACUCUUGCUGUCUGUGCAACUUGGGUCUUCUGCCCUCUCCCUCCCGGGAGAGCUUUCUUGACGAGCUCCCUUGCCAAAACUCCCAGGGUCCCUCAUGUUGCAUUUCAAGGGUGGGUUGCGGAGGUCACACGUGCAAAGGGCUUGUGUUCCCAAGCUUGGCCAGAAGGCAUUUCACCUGUAGGGAAAAGAGAGAGACUUCCCAAGGGGCACGAAACACCCAGAGCCAUUUGUUUCCUAAAGUAAAGAGGAUCGGCCUUGAAGAAGUCCGGUGUGCUCAUCCCCUAGGAACAUCCACAGGGAACUCCCCAGGCCCUGAAUGUGCAGGUGUGUCUGGGGCUCAUGAUCUACCUGCUCAUCCAUGUCUGCAGCCUGGUCCCUUCCAGCACACAGGAUAACACUGGUCGUGGUCCAGCCCGAGGACUCUGCAGUGCCUAGCAGAGAGAGCAUGCUCAGGGCCUCCCCACCCUCCACCUUUCCCAGAGGAAACCCGUUCCAAAUGUUCCCCAUCCCCUCCGCGUCCCUAGUGUGAGCGUGGACUCCUGGUUCAGGCCGUGGGCCGGUUUAGAAUAAGCUCAGGUUGUUUUUAGUGCGAUCAACUUCAAAUCGAAAGGAUCCAGGUGGAGACUUUUUUUUUUUUUUUUUUUUUUUUUAACUCCUCACGAUGUACCUGAAUUCUUCACACUGCUGUGUUCCUCUAUAAAUAACCCGCGUGGUGACUUUUUCAUCUGAUCUUAUGUAUAGGGCCGGUUUUAUUCCUGCAACGCAGCCACCCAAUUUUGUGGAAUUAAAAAAAAAAAAGUUUUUUAUACAAAA